CUCGCCGCCCGCGGGCGGCCGAGGGCGCUGCCCAUGGCGGGCCUUCUGCCGCCCUGCGGUCGGCGUGCCGGAAGUCCGAGCCCUGCCCUCGCCGAUCAACGGCUCAGGGCGCCAGCGACCUGCAGGUUGGCGGCGGCGGCCGCGCUGCGCGCCGCUGCGGCGGCGAUUUUGCCCAGUGUCCCGAAGGCCCGUUGCCGGGCUGCCCUGGCGGCGCGCCAGCGUGGGAACUGCCGGGGCGGCCGGCUCCUCAGGUAAGCUACGCCUUGGUUACAGGGGCGAGAUAUACCAAGCAGAAGGGUGGCCGACCCUGGGCGCAGCUGCGCACCUGGCUCUCGGAUACGCCCGGGGGCUCCUGGGCUUAUUUCAGCGACGAGGCUGACGCCCAGCUGCCCGCGUGGGAGGUGCCUGGCACCUCCGGCGGCUGGCGGCCUUCCGCGGGCGGUCUCCGCACGACCCCGACGGGGAGGGCAGUCCAGGAGGCGGCGGACCCCCUCCAGCAGGCGCUGGCCGCGGGACCGCCCACUGCCGGCGCGGGCGCCGGUGCCCCGUCCGACACCGCGUGGUGGGAGUCGUUCAUCGCCCGCGGGCCAGGCGUCCCAGUCGCGCUCCGCGCCGGGGCAGGGCCGCCCCCGCUGGACGGCGGCAGCGGCGCCGCAGAUCGCGCGCGCGCGCUGGCCAUCCUCUGCCUCUGUGGGCCAGGCAAGGAUGCCAAGAGGUGGCUGUAUGCAUUGUCGGUCAGCUUUCCCGUGCGGACCAUGAAGGAGGACGCCUCGUGCACGGGAAGAAUCUGCGACCCUGGUGGUGAGGGCACCUUCCUGCCGAUGUCUUACGAGCACGACUGGCCCAAGGGGGUUCGCAUCGCUUUGUACGGCGCCGGGCUGCUGUGGCUGUUCGCGGGAGUGGCCAUCAUCUCGGACAUUUUCAUGGCCGCCAUCGAGACGAUCACGUCGAAGAAGAAGCAGGCGAUCAACCCCGCCACAGGACAAAUGCAUACGGUCUUCAUCUGGAACGACACGGUGGCGAACCUCACGCUGAUGGCAAUCGGCUCUUCGUGCCCUGAGAUACUCCUUAGCGUAAUCGAGUUGCUCUCGAGGGAUUUCUUGAGCGGUGACCUUGGGCCGUCAACUAUCGUUGGCAGUGCAGCGUUCAACAUGUUCUGCAUUAGCGCUGUCUGCGUGUCGGCGCUUCCUCACAAUCACGUACGGAAAAUCGAGGACACCGGCGUAUUCUUCGUGACGGCGACGUUCUCAGUCUUUGCUUACCUGUGGCUGCUGUUUGUCGUGUCCGUCAGCUCUCCGAACGAGGUCACGAUCCUGGAAGGCGUCACUACGCUCCUCCUUCUCCCGGUGCUCGUCGGGCUUGCCUUCGCGGCGGACAAGGGCUACCUCGCGCUGUUCUUUCACACGCUUCUGCCUCGACAACGGCCACGACAGGUGGGCGUCACGGAUCUGUCGAAGGAGGAGUUGGCCGCUCUCCAGAUGGAGGUGAGGCAGGUGCACUCCGGCCUGGAGAUCUCAGACGAGCAGAUGGCACGGCUUAUUUGCUCACGCGCAGAGAAUAUGACCAAGACCCGGGCGACCUACCGCGUGGAGGCUACCAGGAACAUGUUCUCUGGGCAUCGGGUGUCACGGGUGCGGGAGAGCGGCAUGUAUGAUGCGUCCACCACGUCCAGCAAGUCUUGGUCCAGCCGGGACAUGCGGUCCAUGCGGUCCGUGAUCCCUUUGGGUGAGGAAGAGCCGCCGUAUAUGGAGACUUUCAGCGCCAAGAGUUUGAGGAGUAGUGGCAGCAUUGCCGAGUCCACGUCCCUGGCGAAGGUUGAGUUCGUCGCAGGGCAUUACGCAGUGCUCGAGAGCGUGGACAAGCUUGACGUUGCCGUGGUCAGGCGCGGAUGCCUUCAGGCUGCGCUGCAGGUGCACUACAAGUCGAGAGACGGUACUGCAUCCGCCGGUGAGGAUUACAUUCCCGUCGAGGGUGUCCUGGAGUUUGGGCCCGGUGAUACUCGAAAACAGAUUAGAGUCCAAAUUGUUGACGACAAGGCUUACGAGGUUGACGAGUACUUCUUCCUGGAGCUCAGCAGCCCGAUGCUUUUGAUCAACAGGGACCGCUUCACCGGAUCUGGCAGCCAACUGCUGGAGACACAGAAAGCGGAGCCGGAGGAGUUGACAGAGGCGAGGUUGGGCGUCAAUUCGACUUGCAAGAUUACCAUCAUCGAUGACGACGAGGUCGGUAUGUUGUAUUUUGAGUCGGACACCGUGUCCGUGACUGAGGGCACGGAGGAUGUCCACCUGACGGUGAAGGUGUUCAGGAAGAGUGGCAGCUGCGGCGACGUUUCCUGCAGAUACUUCACCGAGCAGGACAGCGCUGUGCAGGGCCUGGACUACGUCCACGUUGAGGGAGAGUUGGAGUUGAAGAACUCCCAGGUUUCUGCUGAUAUUGAGCUGACGAUCUUGCCGAGAGGGCGUUACGAAAGGCAGGAGAAGUUUCGCUUGUACUUGACAGACCCCAAGGGCGGGGUCACGUUUGACCCCAACACCGACGGCGGCGAAACCCAGAACAUUCUCACCAUCAUGAUUCGCCCAGACGAGGUUGAGAAGGAGAUGCUGGAGAAGGUGAUCUCCCACCUCGUCAAUAUGGACAACAUGCGCAUCGGAUAUUCGAAUUACAGGGACCAGUUUGUCAAUGCGUUAUUGGUGAAUGGCGGGGACGGCAUGGCCGUGACGCACUGGACUGAUUGGCUAGUGCACAUCGUAAUUGUUCCCUGGAAGUUGCUCUUCGCGUUGGUCCCGCCCUCUGACUACUGCGACGGCUGGCUCUGCUUCCUGGUUGCGCUGGGCAUGAUCGCGCUGGUGACCGCACUCAUCAACGACAUCGCCUCGUUGCUCGGCUGCGUACUAGACAUGCCCGACGCAAUCACCGCGAUAACGUUUGUGGCGCUCGGGACGUCACUGCCUGAUACCUUUGCAUCGAGGACUGCAGCGGUGCAGGAUCCAACCGCGGAUGCAUCGAUCGGCAACGUGACGGGCAGCAACUCGGUAAACGUGUUCCUGGGCUUGGGGCUGACGUGGACGAUCGGUGCGAUCUAUUGGCGCGGCACAGGCCGCUCGCCGGCUUGGCGCGAGCAGUAUCAGGAUUUCACCGAGGGCCGCGGGAAGUUCGUGGUGAUCGGAGGGAACCUGGGUUUCAGCGUCAUCGUUUUCUGUAUAUGUGCGGUGUGUUGCCUCACCAUCCUGUACGGUAGGCGCAGGGUGUACGGCGGGGAGCUUGGCGGCCCGAAGAACGUGCAGUUAUUAACCUCGGCCAUGCUGGUGUCUCUUUGGCUGGUGUACGUCGGGUUCUCCGUGUGGAAGAUCAUGGAGAAUUAUCCUUGCUAA